AUGUUUCCAUAUCAAUCGACCUAUUCAGUUGGCAUCAAUCCUCAAUCAGUAGCAGUAGUCGAUGUGAAUAGCGACAACAAACCAGAUAUUAUUGUGGCAAAUCUUGGUUCGAACACCGUCAGCGUGCUGUUGAACGCAGGCAAUGGCACCUUUCUCAGUCAAAGUACUUACACAGUUGGUAAUAUUCCACAGUCAGUGGCCGUAGUCGAUGUAAAUAGCGACAACAAACCUGAUAUUAUUGUAGCAAAUGCUGGUACUAAUAAUGUUGGUGUUUUGCUCAAUACAGGUACUGGCACCUUUUUGACUCAAACUACCUACUUAGUUGGUAAUCAACCAGUAUCAGUAACAGUAUCCGAUGUGAAUAAUGACAACAAACCAGAUAUUAUUGUGGCAAAUUUUCUUCCUAGCACCGUUAGUGUUUUACUCAAUGCAGGCACUGGCACUUUUUUGACUCAAACAACUUACACAGUUGGUCUUAAUCCAUGGUCAGUAACAGUAUCUGAUAUAAAUAAUGACAACAAACCAGAUAUUAUUGUGGCAAAUGGUGGUCCUAAUACCGUUGGUGUCUUGCUCAAUACAGGUAGUGGUACCUUUCUGGGUCAAGUUACUUACGCAACCGGUACUCUCCCAAAAUCAGUAGCAAUAGCCGAUGUGAAUAAUGACACUAAACCCGAUAUUAUUGUGUCAAAUUUUGCUGCUAAUACCGUUAGUGUUCUGCUCAAUAGAGGGAACGGAACCUUUUUGGCUCAAACUGCAUACUCAGUUAGUGUUAAUCCUCAAUCAGUAGCAGUGGUCGAUGUGAAUAACGACCAUUAUCCUGAUAUUACUGUGGCAAACUCUCCUUCUAACACCGUUGGUGUCUUGCUCAACACGGGUAAUGGGACCUUUCUGAGUCAAACUGUUUACUCAGUGGGUCUUCUGUCAUAUUCAGUAGCAGUAAUGGAUGUGAAUAAUGACAAUAAAACAGAUAUUAUUGUCACAAAUGCUGGUUCGAACAGCGUCAGUGUUCUCUCACAUUGUUAA